AUGGGCGCUCAAAUGGUACCACGCAUACGCUGCAUCCGCCACGGACAAGGCUUCCACAAUGUGGGAGCCGGGUGCUACACUCUUCGCGACCCGUUCCUGACUCCUCUCGGCGAAGAGCAAUGUCAAACUCUGCGGGACACAUCUUUCGCAGACCAAUCUCGCAUCUCCCUUGUCGUGGCCUCUCCGCUGUGCCGAACACUUCAAACUGCAUCUCUGAUGUUUGGUCAAACACUCGACUCCAACAGCAAAUGCUCACCGCAGAUCCUCGCACUACCAGACACCCAGGAGACGUCGGACGAUCUUUGCGACGUCGGCUCGGACCCAGCAGUUCUCCAGAAAAUCGUUGCCGACUUCAAGUGGCCCGUCGACCUCUCGCUCAUCAAGGAUGGCUGGAACGACAAGACUUUAGAGAGUCGCUAUAGUCCACACAGCGACGCCAUCGCUGCACGGGCACGAGAUGCUCGAUUAUUCUUGCGGCAAAAGAUCCGCGAGCUGGUCGACGGCGGCAGCGACCCCGAUGUCGAAAUCGUCUUGGUCACCCACGGAGGAUACUUACACUAUUUCACGGACGACUGGGAGGACGCGUUCCAAUUUCCCGGGACUGGCUGGCGGAAUUGCGAGACGAGGACUUACACGUUUGAGAAUGGGUUUGCGGAAGACACGGAUGGCGAUGCGAGGUUGAUUGAGACGCUGGAGAGUCGGCGGAGGCGAGGCAAGACGGAUCCCAUGUCUGGCAGGGAGAAGCAGCCGGGGUUGUUUGAAUUGGCGAUGCAGAGCUGGGAGAAUCAGGGUCUGCCCCGGCCUGACAGACUCGGAGUGGCGCUGAAAUCGAUUUGA